AUGGCUGGCCGUAGUAGUUAUGAGAAUCGUGACUCGAGAGAUUAUGGAGGCGCUAGAAGAAGACCCCUUCCAGAAGAACCUCCUUUCACAGCGUUUGUGGGAAAUUUACCCAAAAUAAUCGUUCAAGGAGACGUUAAUCAGAUAUUUUCUGACUUAAAAGUUAGAAACGUUCGCCUUGUACGUGAUAAAGAAACUGAUGAAUUCAAGGGAUUUUGUUAUAAUAUAAUUCUAGGUAUUGAUGUUGCAGAUGGGAAAAAAGAAAGAGGUAACUACCAAAGAAAUCGUGGUGGUGGUGGCGGCGGCGGUGGCGGUGGCGGCGGAGGAGGAGGUGGGGGAAGGCAAGGACAAUUUAGAGGUGGUAGACAGGAUCAUCGCGGCUUUGAGGAUUUUUCUAGCGGAGGAAGCGGUUACGGACAUCGGCAGCAAGGUCACAGAGGGCAAGGAUUUCAAGACAGAACAAACAGAGGUAGUUACGGACAAUUUGACGAAGGUCCGCAAAGUCAAUGGGGCGGAAAUAGACACGGAAGUGUCGGUAGAGAAGAAGGUUUAGGACGGCCGAGACAAGAUAGGAGAACUUUCAAUGAUGAACUUCCUAGCAACCCACCUCCCGAAACAUCAGGACGACCAAGACUUCAAUUACAGCCGCGUACAAUAAACGAUCCGUUGAAUCAAGUCGCAGAGACGAGUCAAUCAGUAUCGAUAUUUGGGGGGGCGCGACCUCGCGAAGAGAAAAACAAAUCAGAGCUUGCUAAAGAUUAA